UAUUGAACUUUUAUUAAGAGCCAUACUACACAUUAUCUGUUAAUUAACUCUGCAAUCAGCCAAAUAAAAAUUCUAAAUGAUUGAUUUGUUGAAAGGCCUUCUUUAGGCUAAACCAGUAGACUGGAAACAUGUGUCAUCAUUUCAAUAGAGGUGUGUGAGCUCUCAAAUAUUUCUGCUCACCAUGAUACUGUGUGUGUGUGUGUGUGUGUGUGUGUGUGUGCGUGCGUGCGAGAAAGAGAGAAAGAGAGAGAGAGAGAGAGAGUGCCUAUUGGACAUUUUGGACAUAGAGGGGGGAGGCAAGAAUCGGAAUUGCUUAAAUUUGAGUCACUGCCUCUGCAUUAUGGAUAAAGCCUUGUUUUUGUAGUCCGACCAAGUUUUCCGAACACUGACUGACCUUCCAUCCAACCAACUGGCCAGAUCUUAGAGAAUUUUCCAUAUUGAAGCCACCCCCAUACCAUCAGGAUGUCCCUUCUCAACUACCCUGUUCCAGAGUUAGAUGUUACCUUGCAAGAAGUGGGCCGUGUCCUCCAGCUCACUUUAAGUCCUGACGAUUACCCUGAGUUCAAAAGUGUGCUGGAACAGCAAAGGGAGCUCCUUCAAGAGGCCCAGCAGAAAUUAACAACUAGACUUUCAGGCCAGGAGAACUGGGUCACAGAGCAGUUCAAGAAAAGCCUGCUUUCGUGUACUGACCCUCUGCCCACCUCCACAGCCCUCUCUGUUGUUCUUCCUCCAUCCAAAGUGAAGACAUGCACCCAGUUGGGGAGGGCAGCUGCUCUACUAUGGGCAGCGGCAAAGCUGUACAGUGAGCCUUCAUUACUGGAGGGUGAUGGGCCAAUGGAGUGCACGCAGCAAUCUGAGGUAUUUGCUGCCAGCCGGAUUCCUGGCAGGGUUCAAGAUCAAAUUAAGGUCUACCCAGAUAGCCUCCAUGCCAUCAUCACAUGUGUUGGAGGUGUGUUCCCUGUUGACAUAUUGUGGCGUCCCAGCACUGGUGGACCAGUUUCUGCUCGACCAUUCAUCGACAUCUACAACGAGCUGGCUCAGGUGAUGGAUGAACCCAGCGCAGGAAAACAAAAUGAUCCCUCCGCCAUUUGCAGCCUCUCAGCUUUGCAGCGUAAAGACUGGGCAGCUAUCAGAGAAGAGAUCCUGGGACAAGGAGGAAAAGCAGCAGGAUCUCUGGGGCUAAUGGAGAGUGCUGUACUAACACUCUGUCUGGAGGACCAGAAUGCACCUUCUGAUGUGGCUGAUAUCCUAAAUGCAGUGAGGCUAGGAGGAGGAGGAAACAGUCCAAGUCUGAGAUACUACGAUAAGAUGGUGAACCUGGUGGUGUUCAAGAACAGCACAGCUGGAUUGGUAUUUGAGCACAGUGCUUUGGAUGGGAUGGUGGCUGUCCUUUUGACUGAUUGUGUGUACAAUCUGUCUGAGACUGCUGACUUAAAAUUUGUCCAUACUGCACCAGAAAAUGGGAAUGGGUCUGUCACAAUGACCAAUGUCAAUUCUGUUUGUCCAACUCCUCUGACAUUCCCCUUGCAUGGUUUAAACAUUCCCAAACCAAGCCCUGACUUAAAAGCAACCCAUCCAGUUCUCACUUUUGAUGUUCCCUCCUAUCCUGAUGUCUUUUCUACUAUCAAAGGUCACAGAGGUCUGUAUGAUGCCUGGAUCAACUUCUCUUUGCAGCUUUCCCUUAGGCAGACUCUCGGGGAAUCUGCUGCCAGUCACAUGCUUGUCACACCUACCCAUAUGCGGCACUACAAACAUGGUCGAUGUGAUCCUACAUACUCACUCACCAUGCAUUCUCGCAAAUUAGUAAGUGCCUUGGCAUCCUGUGUAGGCCCAGAUAACACAAUCAAAUACACUACUGACGUCCUACGCUUGUUCCAUGUUGCAUUUUUGGAGCAUAAGAGCCUCAUCAGAAACACCAAAAUUGGUCAAGGUGUUGGUCCCCAUCUAGCUGCCCUUCGUCAGUUUUUGCCGUCUGACAAUCCACUGAGGAAGUUUCUGGACCCUUUUGGGCAUCCAUCUGUAUACCUCACUGGUUCAAGUCUCAUGGAGGGUGUAGAGUGUGGAGUAGGGAAUGUUUAUGCCCAAGAUCAGCUGGCUGUAGCCUACCUUGGAAGAUCAGACAAGGUUCAAAUUGUGCUUAAUGGAAAAGGGAGCUUUGCCCUGAUAUUGAAUAAGCUUCAAGAAAACAUGAAGAUAAGCCUGAAGUUAGUGAUGCUUCUAGCUGUUAGAUAUGCCAUUGCAAGUCAGAUGGGAGCCCUGGAGGGUCUACUCCAACAGGGUCAAACAAAGAACCUGAUUGGAGGGACAUAUCACUGUCAAGAGAGUCUAAAAAGUGGGAAAAGCACCACUGACUCCUCCUCAGGCUUGAGCCCAGACUAUACUAUGGUGAUCCAUGGUGGAGCUGGAGAAGAGAUAAUGUUGAACACCCAAGUGAUUGGGGUUAUUGAGUUUGCUCUACAGACUGCCUUAACACUUGGAUCCCAAGUCCUUCAACAAGGUGGCAGAAGUCUGGAUGCAGUUCAGAGGUCAGUGGAGGCUCUAGAGGACUGCUUCCUGUUCAAUGCAGGUAAAGGCUCAGUAUUCAACAAAGAUGGCAAACAUGAAUUGGAAGCAACCAUUGUAGAUGGCAGUGCAAUGAGGUCAGGAUCUGUUGCUUGUGUAAAAAGUGUGAAGAACCCAAUAAGAGCAGCCAGAUGUGUCAUGGAGAAAAGCUCGCACUCACUCAUAGUGGGAGAUGGGGCUGAGGAAUUUCUGCAAGCACUGGAGGAGAAGGAGAAACCUGUUGGGCAUGAGUAUUUCUACACUGAUAUACGUCACAGAGAGUUGACUGCAAAGCUCAGUGAUGGAAAUACCUCAAAAAACAACCACCCUCAAACAGUUGGAGCUGUGGCUUUGGAUCACUGGCAUGGGUUGGCUGCUGCAACCUCCACGGGUGGGCUCGUAGGAAAGAUGAAAGGGAGAGUUGGGGAUACAGCAGUAGUAGGGGCUGGAAUUUAUGCUGAUGACAAAUUAGCCAUCGCCUGCUCCGGAGAUGGAGAUGUAUUUUUGAGGCACACAGUUGCCCAGAAAAUAGCUAGUCUAUACCAUCACAAAGGCUAUAAACUUAGGCAGGCAUGUAGAGAAGUGAUGGCUGAAAAUCUGAAUGGUGUCUGUGCAGGUAUCAUUGCUGUGGACGCUAAAGGUGAUGCCAUCAUCGAAACAAAUGCUGGCGUGAUGUUUGUGGCCUCAGUGAUAAGUGGUAUUUCACGAGUAGAGGUCCUCCGGCCCCUGAAAAGCUUCUCUGAUGUAAUCUGGGAAACAGAUGAGCUGGUUGCCUACCUGAAUCCCAACCCCUGGAUCCCUGGGUCAACCAUUCUGACGAGAAAAACUCUUAGUGGGGCGAGCAGCAUAUUCCACUUGGCCACAUCUGAUUUUGUGGCCAUGCUACAAGGAGCAAAAGCUGUGUCAAACUUACUAUGUGAGCGAUUGGGAGUGCUGCGCUGUGCCUUGGUUUUCAAUCCAACCCCUGAUCAUCCUGCACAAAUCGGACUGCUCCCACUCCAUGGCCUGGAGCCUAAGUGGCAGCCCCAUCUUGCUGGUGAAGAGGAAUUCCAUGCUUAUGAUCGUGGCUACUGCAAUUCAAAAAGUGGGCCACACUGGGAUGAUGAAGCACUAAUCCAGGUUCAAGCAAAGAUUAGAAACAAAUUGCCAACACCAAAUGCACCUUCUUGCUUUGACUUUUUUGGGGACCCUUUAAAUGAUAGCUUGUUCAGUCGUAUUGUACGGGGAGAGCAGCAACAGUGGAGAGUAUGGGAAGACAGUGAGCAUGUGGCAUUCCUUACACCAUAUCCAAACACUCCUGGAUUUACAGUUGUGGUGCCACGCAAACCACUGCCCAGUGACCUGUUCAAAUUAGAUGAAGCUGACUACAAAUCAAUGAUCUUCGCAAUUCGUAAAGUUGCCCUACUACUUGAAGAGGGUAUGAGAGCUCGAGGUGUUGCAUUGAUCUUCGAGGGGUUUGAGAUUGACUAUGCUCAUGCCAAGCUCAUCCCUCUAUUACCUCCACCAGAUGGUGCCAAGCCUGUGGAGCUUCAACCAGAAUGCUUUCAAAGUUACCCUGGAUAUGUGUCAUCAUUGGAUGGCCCAUCUGCUGAUCCUGAGACUCUUAAAACAAUGCACUCAAGAAUCACCAAGUGCAGGCCUCCUCAUUCAUGGGAAAACCCUCCCUCCCACUCCACAAUUGCCAUCAAGAGCCAGUGGUAUCGCAACCUGUUCCAAAUUCAAAACACUCUUUUCCACAGCACAGUGGAAUAUUUCCACAGCUCCUGUCGGUACUCCUAUGCUCUGACCCCUCUCACUACAGACACCAUCUCAUCACCAAUGGGUCUGGGAUCGGACUCAGAACCAGUUUCUGUUAACCUGCUGGGACAGGACAUCUACCUGGCCGACUCAAUGCAAUUUGUUCUUGAAUACUUCCUGCGCUUCCAGGAGAACCUGCCAGGGACCUACUACAUAUCUCCCAGUUUUAGAGGGGAAGAUCCUGAUGCCACACAUUUGAACCAGUUCUACCACGUGGAGUGUGAACUUUUGGGUGACAUGGACAAUGCCAUUUCCACAGCUGAGGGAUACUUGACCCAUCUCACCAGGUCCAUGUUGAAGCAACACCCAGAUAUAAUUCUCAACACUGCUGGGACCCUUACACAUGUCAAAGCCAUGCUAAGUAAGCUGGAUGGAAAAAAUGGACUACCGAGAGUCCCCCUUGACCAGGCCAUUCCCAUGAUGCCAUCUGCUGACUGCGUAGAGUGGGUCCAAGAGGGUCAGCCCAAGUUUGGCAGAAAGCUAACACGUAAAGGUGAGCGGGUUUUGAUAGAGAAAUAUGGUGGCGCUGUUUGGCUAACUGAGAUGGAUCAUCUGGGAGUCCCCUUCUACCAGGCAUAUGAAGAGGGCACUGGGCAGUGCAAAGCCAAAGCUGCUGACCUUUUGCUAGGGCUGGGUGAGACUGUGGGUCUUGGCGAACGUCAUUCCACCCCUGAGAUGGUACAGGAGGCUCUCAGGCAUCAUGCAGUGCCCGAACAGUCCUACAAGUGGUACAUUAGCAUGCGACAAAUAAAACCACUAAUUACCAGUGGUUGGGGCAUGGGGACGGAGCGCUACCUGUGUUGGCUGCUUCAGCAUGAUGACAUAAGAGAUACACAUAUCAUACCUAGGAUGAAAGGAAUGAAAUACAUGCCCUGAUUAUCACUUCUCUUUGUAUUUUCAGGCCAUUAGAUGUAAAAUACUUACAAUAAUGGGAACUCUUCAGAAGAAGAUUUUUACAAUAAAAAUGCCUCAAUAAUCUAGAGUUUUAUCCAGCUUUGGGUUUCUUGAAAUCUUUUUUGCUGUCUCCAUGAUCAGAAGAGAAAGGGACAGCCCUUUGUCCCGCCUGAUCCUAGCAUAACACAAAUUAAAAUGUUUUUCUAUAAGACAAUACAGUUCAAAUUAAAGUUACACAAAGAAAUUAAUCACUUAUUCUAUAAAUAUAAUCAUUUUACAGUAAGGGUUGGUUUCCCUUUUUAGCAGCAAAUAUACUGUAUCAAUGUAAUUCCAAAGUGAAAAUGCGUGAAGAGUGUAAGUAGAGCUUGGAUUAUUUCAGUAUCAUCUUACCUUUGUGUAAGACUGAUUAAGUCUUGCUGUCCGACGGAAUUUUUUGUCUUGUACCUAUCAGAUUGUCAUUUUAUGUAAAUUAUUUUUCAUAUAAUCAUACAUGUCUUGAAUAAUAAUAUUUCACCAGUAUGGUCGAUGAAAUGGCUUAGCAGCAUGUGAAUUGAUCAAUACAAUGUUUUUGAAUGAAAUCUAACAUAGCUGUGUUCAAGUCCACCAGUACAAAAUUCUGGGCCCUAUACAUAAGACGUUUCUGUGCCCUUCCUCUCUAAUCCUAACCCCCUUUUUUUUCUUCUUCAAAUAAUUGAGCCAACAACUGUACACAAUCUGUGGUGGAUAUUAUGACAGACUCUAAUUAACAGUUCAUUCCACAUUUAAACAAGUUAUACUAACCUUGAUAAGUACUUAAGUCUGCACAGUGUGCCAUCUCACCACAACAAUUUUUUCUCAGUAUAGAGUAUCUUACUUUUAUUGUGAUUAAACAAGGUUUGCUUGGAUUAUCAUGCUUAAGAGAAUGUUAUUUACUUUAUUUAUAAGUAUUCAUUAUUUCCUAGAUAUAAAGCAAAGCUAAAAAAAAGAAAAAGAAUAUCUGAGUUCUAACCCCUUCUGUGCAAAAAUGCUUAAGCUUAUACUAGUUAAUAAAUGAAAACUGAACAAGA